AUGGGAUCAAUUCUGGUAUGCCAAAAGUGUCAAAUGUUAAGCUUUCCAUGUGCCAGCAACAGAUCUUCACUAGUGGAUACUCCUGUGCCAACAACAGAUGACAAAGAAAAUCCUUCCCCUGGUAUAAGCCAAAUGGAUACUAUUCAAUCAGCAUUGAAUCAAAUUCAAGUGUUCCCCUAUGAGGAUAAAAUUGACAACACUGAAUUCUCAAUUUUCUUCUCUAUGAAAGAGGCAUUGGAAGCAGGUUAUUUGGUCAAUCAGUUGCAUCAAUUUCCAAAGGACCAAUGGCUUGGAAUGUGGAACCGGCUCAAAAAUGUUUCCAUCAUUUCCAGUUCCAGACAGUACUUCCCUCCAAAGAAGGAAGAUGCCGAGAGUAGGAUUGUAAUUACUACUUGUGAACACAAAUUUGCAGUAGAAACGAAAUCAACUUAUAUAUUUCAUCUGAAAGAGUUGCCUGGAGAAUUGUGUUGGAUGAUACUUUGUGAAGUUGCCUUGAAUGGACUGAAUGAAGAUAGUCAUGAAUGUGUAGAAGAUAUAGGAUUGGAAAUUGCGAAGAAAUGCAAAGGAUCACCAUUUGCUGCAAAGGUUUUGGGCGGUGUCUUGCAGCAUAAAAUUGAAAAAAGAGAGUGGAACAGUGUUCUGGAAAACUAUAUAUGGGAAUCUCCUAUGAUACCCAAGAAUGGUGGUAUCCAUACAUGGAAGAUGCAUAAUAUCGUACACGACUUUCUUCGGUUUCUGUUCCAAUAUGAACUAAUGAUGGAGAUCCGAUCUGUUGAACAUAUGAUGUUGGACUUAACUUCUGCUAGGACGUCUAAGGAGGUCAAAUCUAUAAAACGUGUGAUUCCAGCUCCAGCUCCAAAGCAGAUGAAAACUCUUUCUGAUUCUGGAACUUCAAUUCUAGCUUCAUAUUGUGAUCCGCCAUUGAUUCUAGAUUCAUCUUGUCCUCCUCUGCCGUCAGAUUUUCCUCUUAUUAGCAUUCGUCAUUUGAUGGUGAUGAUAGCCCAGGGAGUUGGUUUCCCUGUGGACAUUAGCGGUGCAGAGAAAUUGCGGACUCUUGUUGCUGUUAGUCAAGGGUGUUUGAUAACCAGUAGAGCAUUAUCUAACUUAUGUAAACAAUCCAAACAUCUCAGGUUAUUGGAUUUGAGCUUGUCUAGCGGAUGGCAUAAUUGUUUUGGACCAUGUGGACAAGGUAAUGUACUUCGUAAAUUUCCCGAGGAAAUUUAUGAAUUAAUAAAUCUGAAGUUCCUUAGCUUAGCUGGCAGCAAAGAAUUGAAGAUACUACCAGAAACAUUGUGUGACUUAUAUGAUUUGCAAUCUUUGGAUCUAACUGGAUGUAGUAGUCUUACGAAGUUACCGGACGGAAUCGGGAAAUUGAUGAGAUUGAGGUAUCUUUAUACCUGGUAUUGCUGUAGUAUAACUUUCUAUCCAAAAGGGAUUGGCUGCUUAACUUCUCUGAGAGAAUUAACCAAUGUCAUUGUUAGAGUUGAUCAGAAUGAUGCAAAGGAAUUCAGUCUCGGAGAUUUUGAAGAGUUGAACCACCUUUGUGGAGAUGUUCGUGUGAAACUGGUAGGAAAUGCGAUCGAUGCAGAUGAGGCUAUCAGAGCCAACCUUUCGAACAAGAAAAGUCUCAGCAAUGUUAGAAUAAAUUUGGAUGGAGAUAUAAAGGAAGAUGAUGUAAUCAAAGCAUUAAAGCCACCUUCGGAGUUGAAGAUAGAGUUCAUAGGCGGGUGGUUCUAG